AUGUAUAGACGUUUGUGGCUGCUUUUACCUGGAGUGGUUGCGUCGUCUCUUCAGCUACUCCCUCCCAUCUCACCCUCACCGCGUAAUGAGACAACACCAGGCCUCACUCUCGACAGCGUUUUGACCACGGUUUAUAUCGUUGAAAGUCUAGCAUCCCAUCGUGAUGGCCAGGGUCUUACCCUGAUCCCCCCAUCGGGUCUAGAAUUCGCCCGCACAUUCAUCGAAGAUUUAGAAGAAGCAUCAGGGAAGCCAUGGACCCUUCACGUCGUGAGCGCGUCACCAACCAAUGUCACAGGCAUUGUCCUUGACCAGUUCCAUGGCGAUCCAUUAUCCCUUUCCUACGAGGAUGGAAGCCCCACGGAGGAAGGCUACACACUAGAAAUCGAGAACAAUCGUGCUGUCAUUAGCGGCUCUGGAGCGCGAGGUAUGUGGUGGGGGACGCGGACGCUGCUCCAGCAGUUAAUCAUAUCCGGAUGGACGACGUUGCCAGCAUCUCGGAUCACCGAUGCCCCGGCCUAUGCCACCCGAGGCUUUAUGCUCGACGCCGGCAGGAAAUGGUACUCCCCGUCGUUUCUGAAGGAUCUUUGCACGUACGCAUCCUUCUUCAAGAUGUCUGAAUUCCAAUACCACACAAGCGACAAUUACCCCUUGAACCGCGGUCACAACGACACGUGGAACGAGGUGUAUUCGCAGUUCUCUCUUCAUCCGGAAAGCGAGGACUUGCAGGGUCUUAUACAGCGAGAGAACGAGACCUUGACGCGCUCUGAUUUCGACGACUUGCAACGACACUGUGCCGGACGGGGCAUCACCAUCGUGCCUGAGAUCGAGGCGCCGGGUCAUUGUCUAAGCAUUACGAAGUGGAAGCCCGAGCUAUCGCUGUCGAAGCGAGACUUGCUGAAUCUGACUCACCCCGACAGCAUCCCCACGGUGAAGCGGAUAUGGGAAGAAUUCCUCCCCUGGUUUCAAUCCAAAGAGGUACACAUCGGCGCCGACGAGUACGAUUCCACUCUCGCGGACGACUAUAUAUCGUUUGUCAACGAAUUAUCAGUCUUCGUCAACUCGACUUCGGCAAAAAGGGUGCGAAUAUGGGGCACCUACGAGCCCUCUACAACAGCGACUAUCGAUUCUUCAGUAAUCAUCCAGCACUGGCAAUACGGACAGUCGGAUCCGGUCGAACUCUACAAUUCCGGGUACGACCUGAUCAACACGGAGGACUGGUGGGCGUACAUGAGCAUCAAAAACGAUCACAUGCCCAUCCUUCCCGCGCCGUAUCCGCAAUUCUUCAACGGGACGCGCGUGUUGAAUUUCGCGGGCUGUAGCGGCUGGCAAUGGGAACCGGCGCUGUUCAACCCGGUGAACACAACGGAACAGCUCCCCGCGGGCGCCGCAGAGAACAAGGGCGCAAUCCUAGCGGCGUGGAACGACAACGGACCCGACGCAUCCACGCAGCUGGAGGCGUAUUAUGCUAUGCGGCGCGGGAUACCGUUGGCAGGCGCGCGGGCGUGGAGUGGUAGUAGGGGGCCAAAACUCGAAGCAAGCUCCAUUGAGAAAUCCAUCAGUUUGCUGGCGGCGCAGGCACCGGGGCAGAAUCUCGAUAGACGGCUUAACAACACUGCUUCUCAAGAUAAUAAGUCCGGGCAGCAGCACCCGCUCAUCUCAUGGACACGAUCGAGGAAUAACAGUGAUGGGGUAAGCCAUCUAGGCCACGGCAGCAAAGGGGUGAAUUACACGCUUACGCUCGAUGUGACGGGUCCGUUUCGUUUGUCCUCGGAAGACGUCACGCUGAAGUUGGACGAGGGGAAAGAUGGAGGGGUGUUGACGUUUGUCGCGGAUGGAUGGGAGUAUCCUUUGCGAAGCGUAGCGGAGGCGGAUGGGUUUGAUGAGGGACAUCCUGGAAGAAUUUGGGCGAAUGUUACAUCUUCAACACACACCCCGGUCCCUCUCACCCUCCCCGCGAAAGUUACGAUAACAAGCGAUGUAAUCGGCGGCAGCCGAGCAUACGUAAACGACACAUUCGCGGGCCGUUUCGAAGUCUUUGUCUUCGGGGGGAGGAAUACCGUGUUCAGCUGGAGUCAGAUGGCGUUCGUCGCACCAUUGGAUCGAUUAGAAUCAGGGGAUGCUGGUGGUGGAGGGAUUGAGAGGUUGGCUUUGUGGGACGGUGUUCGUGGUGAUGGAGGCCCGGUUACGAGUGGUGCUGGGGAGGGUUAUGUGAGGACAGGAAGAGGAUACAUGCUCGGGUCGGUUUUGGUUGUACUUGGAGGGUGGAUUUGGGUGAUAUGA